UAGGAUUUGUUGAUAUUAAGUUCCACUAAAGAGCUAAUUUGAAUUAAUAAUAAAAUAUUAAGAAUAACCUAACCCAACCUAAGGAUAACCCAAUCGAAAAGGACAUAGCCUACUUCAGAAAAUGGAUACAAAAAGGAUUACAUGUGUGAUAGUUGUGAUAUUAGCUAUGAGUGGACUAAGCCAGGCUGGAGCCAAAUAUGAAAGUCCUAACUCCUACAACGACAACACUCAAUGGCGACGACAAUACUUCAAUGAAAAGAAAAACGAUUCAUUAGCUGAAAACACAGCCAACAAGGAAAGACUUGAAAGACUCGGUUAUACAACCGGAUAUGGUCAUCUCAAUGGUUAUUCUGGGACUGGUAUAUCUGCCUACAAUCCAAUUAAACUUGAUCUUGGCGGGGUUGUCCUUGGAACUCUAGUUGGCAUCGGAGCUAUUCUUAUUAUUCCAAAAAUAAUAUCAGCAUUCCACGGAGGCUACGGAAGCUAUGCCAGAAGUGACGCUGAGGGUGAUCUUUCAGGCCUUGCCAACAUGAUGAAUAAGAUUGAUGACAUACUCGGACAGAAUAACAUCGAUUCGACAAGUUGUAUGCAGCGAGCUGUUUGCUCCUAUGUCCGUUCAACAGAAUCAAGUAUGAAAGCUGGAUCCGAUGAUCAAAUCGAUCAUAUAAUUCACACUUUGUCAGAAAACUCUUUGGUGGAUUACUUAUUGGAUGGCACUGCUAUUAAGGAAGCCCUUGAAAAUGGUAAAAAGCUCAAUGGGAAGGAAUGUGAAGUGAUUUACUCAUCAUGCCCGGUGGACAGUAAAACAGCGAUGAAUGUUGUUACAACACUUUUGCCAAAAACACCUAAAAAUUAAUUAGAAUCAACAACAAUAACAACAAAUUUGUUUUUUUUUUUUUUAUUUUACUGAGGUGUUUCAAUGGGGGAUGUGUCAUUCAACAGAUUUGUAAUUAAUUUGUGACAUUUUAUUUUUUGUUAAUUUUCGUUUGGGUUGAAA